UUUUACAGGUCAGUCCUCGGAAUUUUCGUUUUCGGAGUUUGAGAAUGGAACCUGAACGCACCAGUGUCGGCUAAUCGAACUACAAAUCCCUUGAGCACCAACUCUUGAGUCGUCAAGCAGUGUGUUGUGCUGUGCUGAAUUGUCGUUUGAACGUCGAGAACGAGCGGGAGCGUGGCGUGCCAUUCGACAGGAUUCACUUAAAACGGCAGUGUUCGGGUACCCUAAUGGCGACAGACAUUGUUUCACAGUUGGCUGACUCCUUGGCCAAAGCUGGAGUUGAGGAAGGGGAGCUGAGUUACAAAGGACAGGGAAGAAAGCUUGAUGAUUCCAAAUCAGUUGAAGAGAUUGUGAAGGAGAUCAAGGACUUUGAAGGUCUCCAAGCCCUGCGAUUGGAGGGAAACACUGUAGGUGUGGAGGCGACAAAAGCCAUUGCCAAGGCCCUCGAGACAAAGAGCCAGUUCAAGCGCUGUUUCUGGAGUGACAUGUUUACUGGCCGCCUCCGCUCUGAGAUCCCACCUGCUCUGAAUUCACUGGGUGAUGCUCUGAUGCUGGCGGGUGCCAAGCUGACUGUUUUAGAUCUAAGUGACAACGCCUUCGGACCAGACGGGGUGAAGGGCAUCGAGCAGUUGCUGAAAAGCCCCGCCUGCUACACUCUGCAGGAACUACGGCUCAACAAUUGUGGCAUGGGCAUUGGAGGAGGGAAGAUCUUGGCCACUUCACUGAUUGAGUGCCAUAAAAAGUCUAGUGGAGAAGGUCCCCCCCUCAGCCUGAAAGUGUUUGUCGCUGGGAGGAAUCGCCUGGAGAACGACGGAGCUACCGCUCUCGCUCAAUCUUUCCAGUUGAUGGGCAGCCUGGAGGAGAUCCAUAUGCCCCAGAAUGGCAUUAAUCACCCAGGUGUAACAGCCUUGGCAAAAGCGGUGCAGCACAAUCCAAACCUGCGCACUCUCAACCUCAAUGACAACACCUUCACUGAAGAAGGUGCCAUUGCCAUGGCUAAGGCUCUGAAAGAUUUACGAAGCAUCCAGGUGAUAAACUUUGGCGACUGUUUGGUGCGUCCAGUUGGAGCCACUGCGAUUGCUGAAACUGUUUCAGAAGGACUACCAAUCUUGAAGGAACUUAAUCUGUCAUUUGGAGAGAUAACUGAAGAAGCUGCUCUGGCUGUGGCCCAUGCAGUCACAAACAAGAACCAGCUGGAAAAACUGGAUUUAAAUGGUAACUAUCUGGGAGAGGAUGGCUGCAAAGCUCUGAAAGACUUCAUGAAAGGCAUGAACAUGGCUGAGCUUCUGGCAUCGCUCAGUGAUGACGAGGGUGAACCAGGAGAUGAGGAUGAAGAUGAUGAUGAUGAUGAUGACGAGGAGGAGGAGGAUGAUGUGGAGGAAGAGGAGGUUGAGGAGGAAGAGGAGGAAGAAGAAGACGAGGAGGAGGAGCAAGAUGAAAACACUGGAUCCAAGUUUUCCACGCCACCAUCAGCACCGCGACCGCCUGACGUCUCGUCCUUUCUCAGCUUUCCAUCCCCGGAUAAACUGCUCAAGCUGGGGGCCAAGAGAGCAACACUAAUUGAGCAGCAGGUGGAUGUGGCCGAUGCAAGAAAAACAGCUGAAGCCUUUCUCAAAAUUGCUUCUGUGUACACAGAGGACAAUAAUGAAGUUAAGAAUGCAGUCUUGGAAAGUGUUGAUGCCCUUCUGAAGAAAGCCUUUAGUACUAAUUCCUUCCAAGGCUACAAUUUUGUGUCAUCUUUGCUAGUGUUGCUGGGACUUAUUAAGAGUGAGGACAAGGUGAAGCCUGUGCUGGUGGUAGCCGGUCACCUGCAGGCCUUGGAGCACGCUGUUCACCAGGACUACUUCCCCAAAGAGAGCGUGGCUGUGCUGGAGGCCUUCAUGUCCCGACACAACAAGUCUUUGGAGUCCUCUGGGUCUUCUCGACACAAGCUACAGUUCACCUUGCAGAGAGCCCGCACUGAGAGCUGAGGAGUGCAGAUAGAUACACACACUCAAAUGCACAAACAAGUUUGACUGAUGGCCAAUUGGGACCCAGUAUACAUUUGCUCAAAUUUGAAUCAAAGGGACAUCCUCAUUGUCAUCCAAAUAAUCAUUACUGCACUUCUUUGGACCAGGAUGCUUGUUGAGAAUCUAUUCACUUGGAGAUACAGUACUUUGUCGCCUAACACUUCUCUUCCUCUUUGUAAUCGCUGGUGUAUUAAAAAAAAACAGAAAAGGUUGUUUGAGACUACCAGGUGGCGUUUGCCUGUUGGUGACACAACAUACUAUAUUGUACUAUUGAUUUGAAUGCAAACUUAAUGACGUUAUCAUAUUAGGCUGUUGUACAUUUGAGUUUUCAUUUACUUUUUAUCUUUUUUAUGCUGUUCCUGAAGCUCAUUGUUAUACAUAAUGUGUGCUAUGAGCUGCUAAAUAUUGUUAUUAAAGUAAAGAUAAGCUACAAAAGGGAUGUAUUUUAAAUGUGACUAGCUGUUAUGGCUCUGCAUUGUUGAAUAAAAAUAAAUUGAGUGGAUUACGA